ACAGUUUUUUUAUAUGCUUUAGAGACAGAUAAGUUGAGAGUGACUCUUGAAGGACAAGCAUCACAUCCUCUUGUGCCUCUGAUUCAAGAAUUUAUCUUCCAAAAUCUGGCAGUAAGUUUUGGGAGUUCAUGUUUAGUCUCUUAUCCUGAAAAGUCUGACUUGCAGAGAUGGAUCUGGUUGCUUUGUUUGAAUGUGAAUGGGAUCUGGUUGAUUUGGUGGGACUGUGUUCCUAAGCCAGAUCCUGAGGAGGAUCUGGAUGAUUCAGUGGUCAAUUGUGCAUCCUGUGCAUCCAAUUGUGCAUCCUGGGUUCAAGCAUUCCUGAGAGGACCUGUUUUUUUCUACUGAACGUGAAUGGGAUCUGGUUGACUUGGUGGAACUGUAUGCCUCGGGUCCAGGUGUUCCUGAGCAGCACCCUGAGGAGGAUUUGGAUGAUCUUCCUGAACAUGAAUGGGAUGCGGAAUGGGAUGUGACAAAAGUCCCUGAGCCUGAACCUGAAGAGGAUCUGGUUGAUUCAGUGGAAUUGUGCGUCCCUGAUCCAAGUGCUUCUGAGCCACGACCUGAAUGGGAUCUGGGAUCUGGUUGCUCCGGAGGAACUGUGUGCACCUGAGCCAGUGGCGCCUGAGGUUUCAAGGUUGGAAAACUACAUCUCUCGAAAUGUGUUCCAACUGGAGGAUCGUUUGAAGAGAUGUACACUGCACAAGCAAAGACAUGUCAGUAACAUCUGUCCCAAGGUGUUCAUUGAAGAUGAGUAAGUCUGCAACACAACUGUAUUUUUCUCCUUGUUCUGUCAUUUAUUCUACAUGGUUCACUCUCUUUAAUGAAAGACUAACCCAGGCUGUUGUGUUCUUGUGCAGAACAGUCUAACUGACCCGAGAUCAACUGAAGGAGAUGUGCAUCACUCAUAUCCUUAACGCUGCAGUGCCCAAGAAGGGCCUGAAGUACUUCUUGGGAAUGUCUUUUGCUGAAGACAUGGAAGGAACAAUCAAUACAGGGUGCAGAUAUUACAGAGGCAUGCACAUCAAUUAUUGCGGCAUGCCUACAAUGGACAGACACUGUUCUGACAUCAGCAUAUACUUCAUGCGAGCUGCAAAAUUCAUUGACAAGGCCCUGCAACAGCAAGUGCUGAUUUGAUGCAAGCAGGGUGACGACCACUCAGUGACUCUGUUUCUGGCGUAUCUGAUGAUCUGUCAUGACAUGAUGGUGGAGGAAGCCAUUGAUGAUGCCAUAAAGUACAGAUGGAUCAGGCCCUCCAGAGACUUCUUGAAGAAGCUGAUGCUCCUCAACAUUGACCUUGUACAGCAGUGAAUACUGAAGCUACAGGAGUUAAAAAAGGCAAAAAGAGGAGAAAUGGCAGCUGAAAAGAAAAUAGAGCAAAGAUAUGAAAAAAUGUGCACAAAUAGCAUACACAAUAAUCUGUAGAAAUAGGGGAGUGUAGAGAAGUGCAUGGAUAGAAACAAAAUAAAAACAGAUAGAUAGAUAGAUAGAUAGAUAGAUAGAUAGAUAGAUAGAUAGAUAGAUAGAUAGAUAGAUAGAUAGAUAUAGAUAAAAAAUGUGAGCAAAAUGAAAAAAUAUUUUUUAUAUAUAUUUAUUUAUUAGAGUGUGGGUAAAUAAGUGCACAGAUUUUUAAAAAAAAAAAAAAAUUAAAAAAAAAAUAAAUAAGGUAAAAUAGCACAGAUAAAUUAUAUAUAAAUGGAUAUAAAGAUGCAAGAAAAAUAAAAGAAAUGAAAAAAUUAUAUGUAUUUAUUUAUUAGAGUGUAGAUGAAUGUGCAAAGAUAAGAACAAAACAGAGCACAGAUUUAAAAAAAAAAGGAACAGAUAAACAAGUUAAAAUGGCACCAAUUAAAAAAUAUAGAGAUAUAAAAUGCGAGCAAAGUGUAGAUAAGUGCAAGGAUAGAAACAAAAUAGGAGCACAGAUUAAAAAACUAACAGAUAAAGUUAAUAUAGCACAGAUAAAAAAUAUAUAUAUAGAUAUAAAAAUGCAAGCAAAAUAAUAAAAAAAUAUAUAUAUAUCAAAUAUAUAUAAAAUAUAUAUAUCAUAUAUAUAUAUAUACACAGUGGGUAUGGAAAGUAUUCAGACCCCCUUAAAUUUUUCACUCUUUGUUAUAUUGCAGCCAUUUGCUAAAAUCAUUUAAGUUCUUUUUUUUUUUCGUCAUUAAUGUACACACGGCACCCCAUAUUGACAGAAAAACACAGAAUUGUUGACAUUUUUGCAGAUUUAUUAUAAAAGAAAAACUGAAAUAUCACAUGGUCCUAAGUAUUCAGACCCUUUGCUGUGACACUCAUAUAUUUAACUCAGGUGCUGUCCAUUUCUUCUGAUCAUCCUUGAGAUGGUUCUACACCUUCAUUUGAGUCCAGCUGUGUUUGAUUAUACUGAUUGGACUUGAUUAGGAAAGCCACACACCUGUCUGUAUAAGACCUUACAGCUCACAGUGCAUGUCAGAGCAAAUGAGAAUCAUGAGGUCAAAGGAACUGCCUGAAGAGCUCAGAGACAGAAUUGUGGCAAGGCACAGAUCUGGCCAAGGUUACAAAAAAUUUUCUGCUGCACUUAAGGUUCCUAAGAGCACAGUGGCCUCCAUAAUCCUUAAAUGGAAGACGUUUGGGACAACCAGAACCCUUCCUAGAGCUGGCCGUCCGGCCAAACUGAGCUAUCUGGGGAGAAGAGCCUUGGUGAGAGAUGUAAAGAAGAACCCAAAGAUCACUGUGGCUGAGCUCCAGAGAUGGGAGAAAGUUGUAGAAAGUCAACCAUCACUGCAGCCCUCCACCAGUCAGGGCUUUAUGGCAGAGUGGCCUGACGGAAGCCUCUCCUCAGUGCAAGACACAUGGAGUUUGCUAAAAAACACCUGAAGGACUCCAAGAUGGUGAGAAAUAAGAUUCUCUGGUCUGAUGAGACCAAGAUGGAACAUUUUGGCCUUAAUUCUAAGCGGUAUGUGUGGAGAAAACCAGGCACUGCUCAUCACCUGUCCAAUACAGUCCCAACAGUGAAGCAUGGUGGUGGCAGCAUCAUGCUGUGGGGGUGUUUUUCAGCUGCAGGGACAGGAUGACUGGUUGCAAUCGAGGGAAAGAUGAAUGCGGCCAAGUACAGGGAUAUCCUGGACAAAAACCUUCUCCAGAGUGCUCAGUGCCCGGUUGCAUAAAGAACCUUAAGUUUUUCCCUUUAAGUAUGAAACUUAAGGCAUUAUUUCCCCUUACCUAAGGGGAUGAUUUAAGGGUGUUGCAUAUAAUCCCUUAAACACUUCCCUUACUAAAGGGAAACAGUUAAGUGUUUUACGACAGCGAUUCAAGGUUUGCCGUUAAAAAAAUCUAUUGUUGCUAUGGACACGUUAUUUUGUAAUGCAGAUAGUGGUGUAAGUUUUCACAGAAAACAGUAUAACACGGAUAAGGAGAACAGAAUAUAAACCAAAUAUAAACGAGAAGGACCAAGCGAGACGGAAACUCAAACUGAUAAUUCACUCAAAACGAAAAAUUCUGAAAAAUCAUUUUAUUGAGUUUCCGAGGCGAUGUGAACAU